GGUCCAUCUUGGUUGUUGUGGUCAGAAGCUAACAAAGAUUGUGUGGUCAGAAGCUAACAAAGAUUGUGUGGUCAGAAGCUAACAAAGAUUGUGUGGUCAGAAGCUAACAAAGAUUGUGUGGUCAGAAGCUAACAAAGAUUGUGUGGUCAGAAGCUAACAAAGAUUGUGUGGUCAGAAGCUAACAAAGAUUGUGUGGUCAGAAGCUAACAAAGAUUGUGUGGUCAGAAGCUAACAAAGAUUGUGUGGUCAGAAGCUAACAAAGAUUGUGUGGUCAGAAGCUAACAAAGAUUGUGUGGUCAGAAGCCAACAAAGAUCAUGUGGAAUUAUUGGAUAUCAACUUUUAUCGCAACUUUCAUCAUGUUUGCCUUGGUCAGCGUGUCCAAAAGUGUGUUCCCGUACUUGGCGGCGGACUGUCGGUACUGCGUGGAGCUGCUGAAGUUAGUGUGGAGGUUCGUGAGGAGAAGAAGAAGAAAACCUUUGUUCUUCGUGCUGGAUCGUUUCUUGGAGCAGCGCCACAAACAUCCUCACAAAGUCUUCCUGCGCUUCCAACAUGAAACUUUCAGCUACUUGGCGGCGGACCACAGGAGCAACAAGAUCGCCAACGCGCUGCGGGCUCACUUCCGGUACACUUCCGGUGACACGGUGGCUCUUUUCAUGGCCAACGAGCCCGACUUCCUGUUCACCUGGCUGGCCUUGGCCAAACUGGGCUCACCUGUAGCGCUGCUCAACCACAACAUCCGCAGCAAGUCUCUGCUGCACUGCUUCAAUUGCUGCUCGGCCACCGUACUUAUAGCAGCUGCAGAGCUGCAAGACGCAGUGGAAGAAGUUCUAGCAACACUUCAGGAGCAAGGUGUGCUCGUGCUGCUGAUGACGCAACACUGUGACACACCUGGACUGGAGAACUUCUCUGAUCAGGUGGAGCGAGCAUCAGACUCUCCUCUUCCACGCUCGCUCAGAUCCAACAUCACCUUCAAAAGUCCUGCUGUUUACAUCUACACAUCUGGAACUACAGGUCUGCCUAAAGCAGCGAUGGUCAAUCAGAAUCGUCUCCUCAAGGCGUUGGCGGUCUUAUCAUCAAACGGCGUUGUGUCGGAUGAUGUCAUCUACUUGAAUUUACCUUUGUACCACACAGCUGGAUUCAUCAUCGGCUUCAUUGGCUCCAUUGACACAGGAUCUACAAUCGUCCUGAAGAGGAAGUUUUCAUCCUCUCACUUCUGGGACGACUGCAGGAAGUACAACGUGACUGUGAUGCAGUACAUAGGGGAGGUCAUGCGCUACCUGUGUAACACACCUCAGAGAGAAGACGACCGGCAGCACAAAGUCCGUCUCGCUAUUGGGAAUGGCGUCCGAGCAGAAAUAUGGCGAGAAUUUCUCAAGCGCUUUGGAGAUAUUCACAUCAAAGAGUUCUACGCUUCCACCGAGGGGAACAUCGGCUUCAUCAACUACGCCGGCAAGAUAGGAGCCAUUGGGAGGGUUCACUUUCUGCACAGGAUGUUGUUUCCUUACAGUCUCAUCAGGUUCCACCCUGAGAAGGAGGAACCCUUGAGAGGUUCUGAUGGUCUCUGCAUUCUAGCACCCAGAGGGGAGACGGGCCUGCUGGUGUCCAAGAUCACAAACACAGCUCCUUUCGUGGGUUACGUGCAGAAUGAAGAACAGACGGAGAAAAAAAAAGUGCGCAAUGUCUUGAAGAAAGGAGACGUUUACUUCAACAGUGGAGACCUCAUGAUGAUCGACCAAGAAGACUUCAUCUACUUUCAAGACCGUGUUGGUGACACCUUCAGGUGGAAAGGUGAAAAUGUUGCAACAACAGAAGUUUCUGACAUUCUGACACUUUGUGAUUGUCUCAAAGAAGCAAACGUUUAUGGAGUUCAAGUACCAGGACAUGAAGGGCGUAUAGGAAUGGUUUGUGUCACGGUGAAGAAAGAUAGACAAUUUGAUGGAAGUGACAUUUAUAACCAUGUGGUGAAUUACCUACCAGCCUACGCUCGACCACGCUUUUUGAGAAUUAAGGAGGAGGUGGAGGUGACGGGGACCUUCAAGCAGGUGAAGGUGCAGCUGGUGGAGCAGAAUUAUGAUCCAAGUCGUGUUUCUGAUCCAUUGUUCAUCCUGGAUGAUAAGCACAAGAGUUUUGUUCCUCUCACUCAUCACGUCUACACCGCCAUCAUAUCAGGACUUAUCAAACUAUAAACAAUAACAAACAUGUCAACAAUAUCAAACUAUAAACAAUAACAAACAUGUCAACAAUAUCAAACUAUAAACAAUAACAAACAUGUCAACAAUAUCAAACUAUAAACAAUAACAAACAUGUCAACAAUAUCAACUAUAAACAAUAACAAACAUGUCAACAAUAUCAAACUAUAAACAAUAACAAACAUGUCAACAAUAUCAACUAUAAACAAUAACAAACAUGUCAACAAUAUCAAACUAUAAACAAUAAACAUGUCAACAAUAUGAAACUAUAAACAAUAAACAUGUCAACAAUAUGAAACUAUAAACAAUAACAAACAUGUCAACAAUAUGAAACUAUAAACAAUAACAAACAUGUCAACAAUAUGAAACUAUAAACAAUAAACAUGUCAACAAUAUGAAACUAUAAACAAUAACAAACAUGUAGAAAAUAGCAAGCAGCAAAUGGAAAUAAGCAAUUAUUUGCAGAAUGGUCGUGCAUGUAAGUUAUUGUUUAUUAAUUAUUGUCUACUUAAUUGUCUUAUUAAUCGUCUUAAUUGUCUCAUUAAUUGUCUCGUUAAAUAAGUAGGUAGUGGGUAGAGCGUCCGUGCCAUAAAGCUGAGGGUUGCAGGUUCGCUCCCCGCCUCUUACCAUCCAAAGAAUGUCUGCCGUUGUGUCCUUGAGCAGGACACUUCACCCUCACCCGGUGCCGCUCACACUGGUGAAUGAAUGAUGAAUGAAUGAGUUGUAAAAAUGAAUGAUGGCUUCUCACUUCUCUGUGAAGCACUUUGAGUGUCUAGGAAAGUGCUAUAUAAAUAGAAUCUAUUAUUAUUAUUAAUUGUCUAGUUAAUUAUCUUAUUGUCUCAUUAAUUGUCUCAUUAAUUGUCUGAAUAAUAAUAACCCGCUCAGUGGUCUAGUGGUUGGAGUGUCCGCCCUGAGAUGGGUAGGUUGUGAGUUGAAACCCCGGCCGAGUCAUACCAAAGACUAUAAAAAGGUGAGCCAUGACCUCCCUGCUUGGCACUCAGCAUCACGGCUUGGAAUUGGGGCUUACGUCACCAAAAUGAUUCCCGGGCGCAGCCACCACUGCUGCUCACUGCUCUCCUCACCUCCCAGGGGGUGAACAAGGGUGAUGGGUCAAAUGCAGAGGACACAUUCCACCACACCUUGUGUGUGUGUGUGUGUGUGUGUGUGUGUGUGUGUGUGUGUGUGUGUGUGUGUGUGUGUGUGUGUGUGUGUGUGUGUGUGUGUGACAAUCAUUGCUACUUUAACUUUAUUGUUUACUUCAACAAUGAAGAGUUUGUGUGAUGUUGUUGUAAUGACAUGUGACAUAUAAUAUAUCACAUGAUAUAUAAUACCUUUGUAUAGGACGUAUAAUAUAUGACAUAUGAUAUAUGACAUGAUAUAUAAUAUGACAUAUGAUAUAUGACAUAUGAUAUAUGACAUGAUAUAUGAUAUAUGACAUGAUAUAUAAUAUGACAUGAUAUAUGACAUAUGAUAUAUAAUAUAUGACAUGAUAUAUAAUAUAAGACAUGCUAUAUAAUAUGACAUGUGAUGUAUGACAUAUGAUAUAUGAUGACAACACAAUAUGGACAACAUAUGUUUGGAAAACUUGCAUGUACUUCUUAAAACAAUGUAGUGUAUAUAUUUACUAUAUGUGUAUAAAUAUAUUCCAUCAUACAAUGUAGUGUAUAUAUUUACUAUAUGUGUAUAAAUAUAUUCCAUCAUACUAUAUAUUUACUAUAUGUGUAUAAAUAUAUUCCAUCCUAUAUUUCUGAAUGUUUAUUGUUAUGAAGGCAUGUACAUAAAUACAUCAAUCAAUAACUGGCAUGUGAUUUUUUGGACGUGGAAUUAAAUGACGUCAUUUUCAAGUUGAUUUGAAUGAGAACAAAUGUAAUUAGGAAAAUGUCCACAAGGUGACGACAAGGACAAAUCAUCAUCUUAGUUCAUGUUUUCACCUUUUUUGUUACAAAUGAUUAACAAGUAUUGAACUUUUCCUCCAAGAUAGAUAUAUAUUUAUUUCAGACCUAAUAUGUACAUUAAUCCUGAGUUAUACUUCAUAAUAUACAUUUAUGUACAUUAAUCCUGAGUUAUACUUCAUAAUAUACAUUUAUGUACAUUAAUCCUGAGUUAUACUUCAUAGUAUACAUUUAUGUACAUUAAUCCUGAGUUAUACUUCAUAAUAUACAUGUAUGUACAUUAAUCCCGAGUUAUACUUCAUAAUAUACAUUUAUGUACAUUAAUCCCGAGUUAUACUUCAUAAUAUACAUGUAUGUACAUUAAUCCCGAGUUAUACUUCAUAAUAUACAUUUAUGUACAUUAAUCCCGAGUUAUACUUCAUAAUAUACAUGUAUGUACAUUAAUCCCGAGUUAUACUUCAUAAUAUACAUUUA